AUGAGUUUUAGAUAAAACAACCCUUCGGAAUAAUAUUAAAGGUUUAUUACCAAACUUCCAACUCAAUUUUUUCCAAACCUUAUACCUGAAAUAAUAAGAAAAACAUGUAAAUAAUCCAAAGCUGAAAAGAUUGAAGAAUAUGUUUAAAUUUUUUAAUAUUACUUAAAAUAUUUAUUGGGAUUAGAAACUGAAGAAAAUGAGGAGGAAUAAUCUCGGGUUGAUGAAAAUAUUUAGGGUUUUGAAGAUCAAAACAUUAUAUUUGACUAACCUGAAGUUAUAAUUAGGUAAUAUUUAUUAUUAUAAAGCUUGCCAAACCCAGAUUAAUUAUCUGAUGAAUUGUAGAUUCCACAAAAGUAAUAUGAAAUAUUUGAUUAACUUAUUCAAUCACUCAUUCAAGACUAAAAGUCCAUUCAUGAUAAAUUAUUUUUAAAAGCAAUAGAAACUGUAUUUAUUCAAUUGUCAGAUCGUAAAAACUAUUCUGUAUAUGAUCAAAGAACUAGAGUUUUAGAAACAAUUACAAGUGAUGGAAGAAAUGCUUUAAAUUUAUUACGAACUAAUAAAUAAUUAUAUGAAUAAAGUAGUUAACCUUGUUUAUUUGUUGAAAACAACAAUCAUAAUGAUAAUUAAAAUGAUUUUGUAAUAUCUUUAAGAGAGAUAUAAUUUAGAAAAACGAUAGAUUAAUUUAGGCAGGUUUUAAUUGAAAUGGCUUAAUAAAGUAAUGAGAAUAUAUCGUCAAUCAUCUAAUCAAUUUAAAUUGAUUAUUAAAAUAUAAAAAAACAAUAAUUAAAAGCAUUUAAUCAAGGAGAAUAUUUAAGAUUGAUAGAAUCACAAUGGCAUAGAACGAUUAAUGAAACUGCUGAUCUUAUUACUUUUGUUAGGAACAUAUUAAUUAUUUAAUUAUCAAGAAAAGGAUUUAUAAUUAAAUCUAAUUUAUCUUAAGAUGGAUCUAAAAUAUAUCUAUAGCUUUAUAUGUCUGAAUAAAUGUUGGAAAUAGCUGCUUAAAAUUUUUAAAUUUACAAAAAAUUAUCUUUUUCUUUUUCAGAUUUAUUUUCUCUAGAACCAGUUGAUAAAUAAUAUCGGCCUUUACGUUUAAAUGGAAGAUUAUGGAAACCUGAUGAAUAUCAUACUUCUUCGUAUAUCUAAUAUUUAAGACCAUUAAUUAUUGAGUAAAUUAUGCAAAUAAAUUUUAAGAGAUUAGCCAGAGAUGUAGGAUAGAGUAGAAUUAAUAAUGAAUUAUUUGAAUAUGGAAAAAUAAAUUUAUAUGGAGAUCAAGAUGGUCCGACUGAUGAUGAAUGGACAGCAUUUUAUAUUUAUUUAGUACAUCUAAAUAAAUAGAUUUAAAUCUAAAGAAAAAAAUAUCUUAUAGAUAGUGAUAUUGCUUUAAUAUUAAAUAAAUAAAAAAGUGUAGAAGAAUUGUUUGCCUUAAGAACUAAAUAAAAUACAAAAAAAUAUUUUGAAUUUAAGGAAGAUGAAUAAGAAGAGAUUAAGCUUCUUUUUGAAAAAAUUAAAGAGUUGAAGGAUCUAUCAAAUAAAAUUAAAGUAUCAAAAAAACUUCCAAUUAUUAAAAAAGUUAAACUUUUUAAAUAAUAAUAACUUGCAUUCAAUUAUUAUUUAAUUUUUUAAGAGGCUUUAAAAGUAGCCAAUAGCUCUGUAACAUAAUUAAAAACUAUUUGGGAUAGAUAUAAUUAGUAACCAUUUGAACUAUAUAUUCCAUAUCAUUUCCAUCAAAAUUCUAUUUCUUAUAAAAAUAUAGCCUUUUCUUAAAUCAAAUGGACUAGGUAUAUAUCAAAUGAAAAUAAUCAAAUAACUUUGUUUCCUAUUAUUGAAAGGCUAAAGUUAGCAUAAUUAAUUAUUUCAAAAACAGUUCAUUUAGAAGAAUUAAUAAACCUUAAAUUUGUAAAUUCUAUUUAUUGUUUACAUAAUAAUUAUGAAUUAUAUGGAUCAUGUAAAAAUCAAUAAUAAGAUUUAAAUUCUGAAAGUUAAUUUUAUGAAUAAUAAAUUUAUGAUUUAUCUGGAAAAUGGAAUCUAAAUUAUUUAUAUCCAUGGCAAAUGCCAAUUAAUUAAAUUUGUGUUUAUUUUGGAGAAAAAAUUGGAUUGUACUUUUACUUUACAUAAUAUUAUAUCAAAUAUUCUACAGUUAUAGCUGCAUUAGGAGUAUUUAGUAGUUUACUUAUUUAAACUACUUAAUUAGAAAAUCAAAGUAAUGCCAUCAUUAUUUAAAGUAUAUUUUCUAUUAUAAAUAUCAAUUUUAAUUGUCUUAUCACAGAUUAUUGGAAUUCCGCUUAAUUAUUGUUUAAAUUUUAAAAUAGUUAAAAUAUAAAUUUGAAAAAUGAUCUAAUUAGAAGUUCUUUUAGAGGAGAUUAAAUAAGAUCGAUAUCAACAGAUCUAUUAAAUUCAACUGGUACUAUUCACUUUCAUUUUUUUUAGAGAAUAAGUGUUACUAUUUUUGUUCUCUUUUUGAUAUUUGGAUCUGAUAUCUGUAUAACAAUAGGGCUUUAUUUUUUUAAUUUGUAUCUUGAAAGCAAAUUUAAGAAUUCAGGAAUCUUUUUAUAAAAUUUUGAAAUAAUAAUAACAGCUUGUUUGAAUUAUAUUAUUCAAAUUAUUGUAGAACAAUAUUAUGAAUCAAUUGCAAUAAUGUUAACUGAUUUUGAGAAUUUUUAAACAUUAGAACAUUAUGAAAAUAGUUAUUGCUUAAAAAAAUAUUCUUUAAAAUGCUUUUUUUAAUUAUUUCCAUUAAUGAUGUUAUGUUUUAUGGAUGGUUAAUUAAAUCUAAAAUGUUCUAAUAAUAAUUGUUUAGAUUAGGCAAUAUAUUUUUUUGGAACUUCAGUGUUUUUCAUACUUUUUGAUCAGAUAAUAAAGGUAGUAAGAAUUAUGAUUCAUCAUAAAAAAAGAGUUUAAAAUUUAAAAGAAAAAAAUCAUUUAAGUUUCAAUUUAUAAAUAUUUAUAGAAGGUUAAGAAUCUUUAUUCCCUUUCUAAUAGACCUAAGAAAAAUAUGGAAUUAUUGAUGAAUAUAUGAACUUUUUUACACUUUCAACAUGUAUAUUUAUGUUUGGAGGUUUAUUUCCUUUAAGUUUAACUAUUUUUUGGGUUUGGAUGAUUAUAUAAUUUUAAAUAGUAAAAUACAGACUUUUAUAUUAAUUUUAAAGGCCCUGGCCAAAAGGAGAUGUUUAAUUAGGAAUUUGGAGUGAAAUACAUUAAUUUAUUAAUUAUCUAAGUUUACUUUGUAAUUCAAGUUUAAUAUGUGUGUAUUAUUCAAAUGAUCUAAAAGAUAAUGUUAUUUAGCUGUUUGUUACUUUAUUAUUUUACAAUUUCUUUAUAAAAUAUGUAACUAAAACAACUUUUUAAAGCCCUCCAUUAAUUCUUGAAUAUCUAAUUAAAAGAGCUUAAUAUAUUUACUAGAAUAAUAUUAAAGUAUUUGGUAAUCGAAAUUCAAGAACAGAAUAAGAUGAUAAACUAUAAUUAUAGAGAUGUCCUUUAUAUAAAAUAUUUGGAUCAAAAGGAGUAUAAAGAGCUGACUAUUUUGAAACAAUAAGUUCAGAUGAUGAAAUCUCAGAUCAUUAUAAUAAGAAAAUUUAAUUGAUAUCUAAAAGAUUAGUUUAAGAGGAAUCACAUCUAAUACUUUAAAAGGCAGAAUUAAUUCAAAAUGAAGAAAAUGUGAAAUAAAUUCAAAGUCCAUUAAACUCAAAUUCUUCUAAAUAUUCAAAUUCUAGUCCAAUAAAUACAGUUUCUAGUCCUCUAUUUGUUGUAAGUUCUAAAUAAGGUUAUAAAAUGAAAAAUAAUUAUGAGUCUUUUGAUUAAAUACAAACAAAAGACUUUUAAAAAUAAGUGAAAAGUAAAUUUUAAUUUAUGAUUAAUGAAAUAAUGAAGAAACUAUAAUAAGUUGAUAAAUUAGACUAUUAGUUUUUUUUUAAUUAUUAUAAAAAGCGUUCCAUGAAUUGGGCUUUUUAAAUUUAAUCUUGUAAAUUAGGAACAAAAAAAUUAAUAAGAGACAGAACCAUAAUAUGGAGAUUUUUUUUUCGAUUACAUCUGUUAACAUCUUAUAGUAUGUUAUGGAAUGAUUAUAGAUUAGUUUAAAGUUAAUCAUAUAUAAUUAGAAAAUAAAAAGUAUUACACAAUCUUGAUUAUAAGAGAUUUUAAAUAUUAAAAGCUAGUUUUGAGAAUCAAUAUAAAUUUUUUAAAGCAGAAGCAGCUCUUAAAUUUAGUAAAUAAUUUCGAUAAUUUGGAACUUAACUUACUUUGGAAGAAAAAAAAGAAUAUAAUGAACUAUUAUUAAAAUACAAUAAUUUUAUUGAAAAAAAAUCAUGGCUUAAUUGUCGAAAAGUACAAGCAUUUCGAUAUAAAGGUUUAUUUUUUAGAGGAUUUCGUAAGCAAAAUAUAAGAAAAUAAGCCAUAAAAUUUGUGUUAGAUUAUUAUGAAGUAACAAAAAAAUUAGAAGAUGCUUAACAUGGAUCAGAUUUACACAAAAAAUUCAAUUAUUUAGUUUAAUAUAUCCAACCAAAUCAAUACACCUUAAAUGAUUUUAUUGAUUUAUUUAAUAAAUUAGAAUAUGAGUAAAAAAUUUGAUUUUAAUUUAGGUAAAAAACUAGUUACAUAUUUCCUUCAGUAAAUGGAAGAAUUUAGUAAAAAACGUAUUAUUUAAAUUCUUUAAAAUCUGAUGUAUUUAAAAAUAUAAUCGAUAAAUCUAAAGAUACAUAUAUAUUUGAAUAAUAUUCUACAAAAUUAGAAGAAUUUGCUUUAUAAUAUUGUUUGGACGAAUUAAAUUAAAUUCCUAAGAUUAAUUUGAAGAAGCAUUUGCAUGAUCUACUUUGGAUUGUUGAAAUAGAUGAUUAAGAAUAUCUAAUGUAAUUCUUUUAAAUUAGACAUGGAUAGAAAUUAUAAUUUUUAAAACAUCAUAAUGAUGGUAUGGGUGUUUAUGUGAGUGAAAGUUAAAAUUAUAUUAAAUUACUAAAUAUUAUAGAUUAAAUUGAUGAUUUUUUAAUUAAAGCUUAUUGCAUUUCAUUGUAUCCAUGUAGAGAUUGUAAAACAUUGUAUCAAGUAAUUUAAUUUAGGAAAAAAUAUUCUCUCCAUUACACAUUAGAUUAAUUAAAUUAAUUUCUUUAUGCUAAUUUAAUUUUAUUAUCUCAAAUUACUGUUAAAAGUCUUUCAAUUUAUAAUUAUGCUUUGAAUGGAAAUGAAUAUAUGAUUUUAAAUUCUAUUUCAUAAGAAGAUAAUUCACUGUUUUAAUUGAUUUAAAUUAUUUUUGAAAUGAUAUUACUUGAACCUAUUGAAGAUCUUGGAGAAGCAAUUAGACGUGCUGAUCAUUCUCUAACAUCAUUUUUAAUGGAUAUAAUUUCUAAUGAUUUAACACCAAAUUAAGCUUUAGAAGUUAUGGAAAAACAAGAUCCAUUUUCAGAUAUUAAUUUUUAAUUAAUCCAAAUUUAAAAAGUCUAAUCUUAUCAAUGUUAUAUUGAAAAUAUGAAACAUAAAAUUAAUUUUCAUCUUAGAAUGAAAUAAUUUUAAUAAUCUUUAAUAUUAAUAUAAGAAGUAGAAGAGUAUAUGGCAUCAUAGUGUGAUAUAUAGGUUUCUAAUUUUAUAGAAGAAUUUCUAAAAUAUAUUUCUUAAGAAACAUAAACAUAUCUGUUAAACUCAAGUGAAAUUAAAAAAAUAUUGGAUACCAUAUUAAUAUUUUAUUUUAAAAUAUCUGCUCUAUUUGGAUUAAAGUAAGCAAUCGAACCUUUGAAUACUUAAAUCGUUGAUGCGAUUAAAAAAUGCAACAGUCAACUUACUAUAAUUCUCAAAUAAUUAAGUUUUAAUGUGAAAUUAGAAAAUUUAUCUGAAGUAGAACAUCGUACGAUUUUGAAUCAAAAAGUAAAAUAUAAAUAAGAUAAUUAAUCAUCAGUUAGUUCUUUUGAAAGAUUAAAUUUGAUUAAUACUUUAAGAUAAAAUUCCAAAUUAAUUAAGAUUCUAAUUUAAUUUCAUACUUAAAUUCAAAGAUACUUAAACUAAUUUAAAUUAAUUAAAGCGAUCUCUCAUUACUUUAAUAAAAACUUUAUACUAGCAGAUUUAUAAUAUAUUUCAAUAAUUUAGAGAGAAGAACACUUAGCAUUUAGAGAGCCUUUGCCAACAUUUUUGAAUGAUCCUCUUGACCAUACACCAGGAUUAAUUAAUCUUAAGUAAUCUUCCCCUUUAGAUGAUGAUAAUGAUGAUAUAAAAAACGAAUAAUUCUAAACCAAUAUUUUUGAAAAUAUAGAUAAGAAUACUUUAUAUUGUACUUAAUUAAAAUAUUUUAAAUUUCUUUAUCUUGUUAAUUUACAUGAUAAUAAAAAUGAAGAGUUUUAAAAACAAUAUUUAGACUUUCAAAAUGCAGAUGGAGCUUAUUUACCUGUAUUUAUGUUUUAUUUGAAUUAACUCAAAUUACUUAAUAAAGAAGAAAUACAAACUAAAGAUGAAAUCUAAUAAGAAGAAUAAUGUGAUGUUGGCAAGUAUCUUAUGGUAAAAUAUAAGAAAUCAAUCGAAAUUUCAUCAAAUUAAUAAGUUGAUUUAAUAGAAACUAAUGAUGCUGAACUUUUGAAAUUUUAAGUUUUGAUAUUCUCAAAUAUUUAGCCAACUUUUUAAAAUAGAAAAAUUCUAUAAAUUUCUCUGUAAUUAAUGACCAUAUUUUAAAAUAAUUCUUACAAUCUACUAUUUAAGAUAAAAUUAAUUUAAUUGAUCUUAAAUCUUGAUAAUGUUUAACCAGUUAAUCAUACUUUAAGUUAAUAGAUAUAAAAAGGGAACUUUUAAUAUUAAAAUGAAUAAUCUUAUAUAGAAAUAUUAAAACAGUCGCAUUCUAAAAUUUAAUUUUAAAAAGAUUCAUGGUUUUUUCAUUAAUGUUUAGAAGAAUUAUAGGUUUUCUAUUACCUUUCAAUAUGUUAUGCAUAUUCUCCUAAACAUAUUGAAAAUCUUUUAUUAGAGGAAACGGAAAUAACUAAACAUGCAAUAAAUUAAAUAAAAAAAUUUUAAUUUAAAUCAAAAUUUUAUUGUCAAACUCUCAAAUGUACAUAAAUUAAUAAUAGAAAAGGUUAUUAAUUUUUGUUUGACUCAAAUUUAAGUAAAUAAUAACAACAAUAACUAAUUUGCUAAUUCUUAAAUUGUAGUUUAAAACAAUAUCAUAAUUUAAAAAGUUUAUAUCAAUAAAUUUAAGAAUUUUUGAAUGAUAAUUUUGAAUCAUCAACACUAGUACUAGCUUUAAUACAUAAUUAUUUAUAAUUAUAAUAAUUUGAAAUGGUAGAUUUGAUGACAUAGUUUUCAUUUAGAUUGCUUCAAUGUUAAGCGUUGAUUUUUUUUAAAAAACAUCCUGGAUUUGAAUAAGAUCUUUAAAUUAUUGAAAGUUUAUAUAAAGGCGACAAUAAUUGCAUUCCUUAUCCAAAUAAGUAUUUAUUUGAAUAUACAGAGACAUUUUGUCAUUUUGAUAAUGUAAAAUUUUAUGGAUAAUAUCUAUUAUUUAACAUCAUGAUGAACUAGAAUUUCUAUUUGAUUAAAGAAUUAGCAUCUAAUUUUAUUGAGACAUUGAAAGUAAAUUCCAGUUAUUAGCGUUUCAUACAUAUAUUUGAAUAUUAAUUAGAUGUAAUUGAUGCAAUGAUUGGAAAUAUUGAUCCAAAAAAGUAACGCAAUUACAAAUAUUUAGAGAAAAAUUAAUAUGAAUUACAUCUUAAUAAUUAUAAAGAAAAAACCCUUAUAUAUGCCAUUUUAGCAUAUUUAUAAUGCAAAUAUCAUCUUAAUUUAUGUGACUAUGAGAAUGCGUUGAUAUACUCAGAAAAAGUUCUAAGAUAUGUUGCUACUUACUUAAAAUAAGAAUAAGUUAUAAUUUCUAUAAUUAACAAAAGAUUAGUAAGAUGUAUUAAUUAAUUUAGGUAUAAGAAUAUCCAGUCCAUAAAUUCUUUAAAGAGUUAAAAAUAUUGGAAUAUAAUUAUCUUAUAGAUGAAAUAAUGGAUUCUGAUUACAUUCAUUUAUUUAAUAAGGAUUUUAUCAAUGAAGCCAUGUUAGAUCAUUUGAGAAUUUUGAUAAACUUAGGAUAAAAUGUUCCAAAUAUUAAUAUUAUUUUUGCUUUAGAAUUAAACUAAAUUCAUAAGGUUCAUAUACCUUAUUUGCAAAUGAUUUAUGCUCUAUAUUUCAACUUUCUGUUAAAUUAAACUAAUAAUAAAUAUAUUGAAAGUUUAUUAAUAGAUAAAUCAAAUUAAAUUGGAUAAAUUAAAAGAAGAAUUAAAGAUGAAGAAAUGAAAUAUAAUGCUUAAAGUUCGGUUAAAUUAUAUUCAGAAUCAGAUGCUAAUUUUAUUCAUCAAAAUUUAAUCUUUUUAGAUUUUCAACUAAAUGUAUUAUAAAACUCAAAAAAUAAAGUGAAUAAAAGAUUGAUAAAUAAUUGGGUAUUAUCUUGUACUUAAAAAGCAAUAACAGGAUAUUAAAAUUUUUAAUAAGCUAUCUCAUUUUUAGUACAUCCUCAUAUUUCUCUUAUGUAUUUAAUACAAUACGAAUCAUUUUAAUUCUUAAACUAAAUACAAAAGGCUCAAGACAUGAUUGAUCUAACAAAUGAAAGCAUUUCUGGAUGGUAUGGAGAAAAUAAACAUCCUAUCAAGGGGUUGUUUUUAUAUUAUUAAGGAAUUCAUGAUCGGUGGCUUUAUUCAUAAUACAUUAGAUACUUAAAAAUUAUUAUUUCUCUAAACUACUUUGAUAUAGAUGAAAUUACUCGAAUAGUUUAAGGAUUAAUUUUUUAGGAGAAAUAAUUAAUUACGAUAUUUGAUCAUUAUGUUUAAAAUACGACAAUCUAAAUAGAAGAUUUAGUUUAAAACUAUUUAAUAUCUAAGAUUGGAAAUAAAUAAAAAUAAAUAAAUGAAAUCUCUUGUUCAUAUUAAGAUGCUUAAGGUAUUUUAGAUUGUGUCUUAGAAAAAAGUUGGAUUAAGACUUUGAAUGGAUUGUAAAAAUUCUUCAAGGUAUAUAUUUAUAAUAUUCCAAGGCAUUAGAUUUAUUUUAUGAACUUGGUACGGAACAUCCAUGUAUAGAUUUAAUUAAAGUAAUAAUUUUUCAAUAAAAAUGA